AUGGCCGGACACCUGGCUUCGGAGUUUGCCUUCUCGCCCCCGCCGGGUGGGGGUGGUGAGGGGCCAGGAGGGCCGGCCGUGGAGGUGUGGGGCGUCCCGCCGUGCCCCCAGCCCUACGAGUUCUGCGGAGGGGUGGCGUACGCCGGACCUCAGGUGGGAAUGGGCCUGGUACCCCAAGGUGGCCUGGAGAGCCCCCAGCCCGAGGGCGAGGUGGGAGCUGCGGUGGAGAGCAACUCUGAGGGGGCCGCCCCCGAGCCCUGCGCCACCCACCCCAGCAUGGUGAAGGUGGAGAAGGAGAAGCUGGAGCCGAACCCAGAGGAGUCGCAGGACAUCAACGCCCUGCAGAAAGAGCUGGAGCAAUUUGCCAAGCUGCUGAAGCAGAAGAGGAUCACCCUGGGGUACACGCAGGCCGACGUGGGGCUCACCCUGGGCGCCAUCUUUGGGAAGGUGUUCAGCCAGACCACCAUCUGCCGCUUCGAAGCUCUGCAGCUCAGCUUCAAGAACAUGUGCAAGCUGCGGCCCCUGCUGCAGAGGUGGGUGGAGGAGGCCGACAGCAACAACGAGAGCCUCCAGGAGAGAUGCAAAACGGAGAGCCUCAUGCAGGCCCGGAAGAGGAAGCGGACCAGUAUCGAGAACCAAGUGAGAGGCAACCUGGAGAACAUGUUCCUGCAGUGCCCGAAACCCACGCUGCAGCAGAUCAGCCGCAUCGCGCAGCAGCUGGGGCUCGAGAAGGACGUGGUCCGAGUGUGGUUCUGUAACCGACGCCAGAAGGGCAAACGAUCGAGCAGCGACUAUUCCCAGCGAGAGGAUUAUGAGGCGGCGGGAUCUCCCUUUCCAGGGGGACCCGUAUCCUUUCCUCUGGCACCAGGGCCCCACUUUGGCUCCCCAGGGUACGGAAGCCCCCACUUCACCACGCUCUACUCCUCCGUCCCUUUCCCAGAGGGGGAAGCCUUUCCCCCGGUGUCCGUCGCCGCUCUGGGCUCUCCCAUGCACUCAAACUGAGGCUGAGGCGCUGUCUCUGCCUCUUGGCCUGGGUGGCAGGUGGAGGAAGGGGAGGAGCUAGGGAAGGGGCUGGAGUCCGCCAGGGCUUUGGGGUUGUUCUUCACUCACUAAGGAAGCAAUUAGAAGCACAGAGGGUGGGGCAGGGAGUUUGGGGGAACCGGCUGGAGGGAAGCUGAGGUUUGAUGAUGCUCUUGAUUUUAAUCCCCUCAUCUCUUUGAUUUUAAAUAAAGAAGCCUGGGGC